AUGACUGUACAUAUACAAUAUAACAUUACUGUACAUAUACAAUAUAACAUUACUGUACAUAUACAAUAUAACAUUACUGUACAUAUACAAUAUAACAUGACUGUACAUAUACAAUAUAACAUGACUGUACAUAUACAAUAUAACAUGACUGUACAUAUACAAUAUAACAUUACUGUACAUAUACAAUAUCACAUUACUUUACAUAUACAAUAUUACUUUACUGUACAUAUACAAUAUAACAUUACUUUACAUAUACAAUAUAACAUUACUGUACAUAUACAAUAUAACAUGACUGUACAUAUACAAUAUAACAUUACUGUACAUAUACAAUAUAACAUUACUGUACAUAUACAAUAUAACAUUACUUUACAUAUACAAUAUAACAUUACUUUACAUAUACAAUAUAACAUUACUUUACAUAUACAAUAUAACAUUACUGGACAUAUACAAUAUAACAUUACUGUACAUAUACAAUAUAACAUGACUGUACAUAUACAAUAUAACAAUACUGUACAUAUACAAUAUCACAUUACCGUACAUAUACAAUAUAACAUUACUGUACAUAUACAAUAUAACAUGACUGUACAUAUACAAUAUAACAUUACUGUACAUAUACAAUAUCACAUUACCGUACAUAUACAAUAUAACAUUACUGUACAUAUACAAUAUAACAUUACUGUACAUAUACAAUAUAACAUUACUGUACAUAUACAAUAUAACAUUACUGUACAUAUACAAUAUAACAUGACUGUACAUAUACAAUAUAACAUGACUGUACAUAUACAAUAUAACAUUACUGUACAUAUACAAUAUAACAUUACUGUACAUAUACAAUAUAACAUUACUGUACAUAUACAAUAUAACAUUACUGUACAUAUACAAUAUAACAUUACUGUACAUAUACAAUAUAACAUGACUGUACAUAUACAAUAUAACAUGACUGUACAUAUACAAUAUCACAUUACCGUACAUAUACAAUAUAACAUUACCGUACAUAUACAAUAUAACAUUACUGUACAUAUACAAUAUAACAUUACUGUACAUAUACAAUAUAACAUGACUGUACAUAUACAAUAUAACAUUACUGUACAUAUACAAUAUAACAUUACUGUACAUAUACAAUAUAACAUUACUGUACAUAUACAAUAUAACAUGACUGUACAUAUACAAUAUAACAUUACUGUACAUAUACAAUAUAACAUGACUGUACAUAUACAAUAUAACAUGACUGUACAUAUACGAUAUAAUAUUACUGUACAUAUACAAUAUAACAUUAUUGUACAUAUACAAUAUAACAUUACUAUACAUUAUAUUGUAAACGCCAUAGACUACAUUGAUUAUAGUCAUAUUGAAUGGUUUAAAUAUGCACUGCUUUCUCUCUGUAAUCAGUUCCUUGGACAUUGGCACAUCCAAUGA